AUGCCUUUAUUUGGACGAAGAUUAUUUCAUAUUAAUGAAAAUGAUAUUAAAGAAGAUAAUCAUGACAUUUAUACAAUUGAACAUACAGGUGAAGAAUUUCAUAGUAAAAUUUUAUAUGACAAAUUAAAGAAAAUUUAUGAUUUGGAACGAUGGACUUGUGAAUGUACAUGGAGAGCUGGUUUAACGCAUAAAGAAGCAUAUCAAUCGGAAAUUGAUAUAAGAAAAACAUUAGAAACAAUUGUACCGAAUUAUUUUAAUAAACCAAUUUUUGAUAUUAUAUAUCAUAAUGUUAAACCGUUAGAAAAAUUGGCAGAAGAAGUAUCGAUUAUACUUAGUCAAAGCUUUGUUAUUAAUGAACCAAUACAAUUCAAAAAGAAAAAAGAUAAUACAAUUGUCAAAGGUAUUAUCGAACGUAUAGAUGAUAAUGAAGAUCCAAAAAAACGUUCAUCAGAACGUGCCUCUGUUCAAUCUAAACCACCAUCAGAUAAACAAAUGAAAAAUGUUAAAUAUUCAGUACGAUUAUUAGAUGAAGAUUGUGUAAUGAAUAAUGUUCUUCCAAAUGAAUUACAACGAUGUAGUUUUAUACCUAAUCGUGAAAAACUAAAAACAUUUAUUCGUUCAUAUGCAAUACGACUUGGAAAUCGAAUUGAUAGUCCAUGGAUAUUUUAUGAUGAAACAAAUAAAGAAAAAUAUGAUAUUAAAGAUCGAUUAUCAACAGAUAUUAUUGAAAAAUUUAAAAAAUCAACAACUGUUACACUUGAUGAAAUUGUACGGGAACAAGAAAGAAUUGCACGAAAACAAGCAGAAGAACAAGCUGCGGCACUUGCUGAAAAUGAUAAAUCAAAGGAAAUUAAUAAUAAUACUUCUAUUUCAAAUGGUCAUUUAGAUGAUAUACAAAUAAUUCUUUCCGAUGAUGAAAAUAAAUCUAAAAUAUCCAAUAAAAAAACAUCACCCAUAAAAAAAUCUCCAACAAAAGCAAAAAAACAAUUAACAUUACAUGAUAUGAAAUUUAUGAAGAAUGCUCCUAAUCAUAAUGAAUUAUUAGAAAAAUCAUCUAUAAGAACAUAUGAUAUUGCUAUACCUUAUUCAUUAUUACAAAAACUUGAUAAAACACGUCGAGAACGUGGUAUUGAUUCAAGAUAUUUUCAUCGUCUUAUCCUUAAUUGUGCUCGAACAUUGAAUGAUAAACAACGUUUACGUUUACCGGAUGAAUAUCGUUCAUUAAUACAAAUAAAAUAUGAUGAACUUGAAUUAAAACGACGUUUAUCACAAAUGAAUGAUGAAGAAAAAAAAUUAUUUCUUCAAACAAAACGUUUAGAACAAAAACCAAUUGAAGAUUUUGAUUGUACAUUUUUAAAAGAUCUCCCACAACCAAAACAAAUCGAAACAACAUUAAAUAUUUCAUCGAAUUCAAUUGGAAAUUUUCUUAUGGUAUCAACAUUUUUAACAUCAUGUCAUUCAUUAUUUUAUUUAUCAUUAAAUGAUGAAAUAUCUAAAACAACACAAAUUUAUUUACGUUCAUUUAAAAUUGAUUAUUUAUUAAAUACAUCAAUAAAUAUGUUUUCAAAUUAUUUUAUUGAAAUUUUACAAAUAUUAAUGAAAUUAUUAUUCAAAGAAGAUGAAAAUCGUUCAAAUGAUAGUGAAAAUCAAGAUGAUGAUGAUGUUGAAAAGAAGGAAGAGCAAGAAAAUACUACUACUACGAAUAAUAAUAAUAAUAAUAAAGAAAAAAAUUCGAAAAAUUUAAAUAAUGAUAAUAAUAAUAAUGAACAAAUUGAUAUUGAAGAUAUAUAUUCAAUACAAUUAUCAGAUAUACCAUUAACACCAUAUACAUGUCAAGAAUUAACUCGUCUAUAUUUAUUAAAAGAAAAAGAUGAAACCAAUCAAAAUAUUCUAGAGAAAUUAGCUAACUCCGAAACAAAAGAUUUACAAAUAUCAGAACAAAUUGAUCUUCUUGUAUUAUUGGUUAAUACAAUUACUACAGAUAAUGAAUUAAUGUCUGAUUAUUUUGAAUAUUUAACUCGUACGAUGUCUGAAGCAGCUCGUGAACGUAAUCAAUUAAUAGCCGAACGUCGUAAGGCACAAGAAGAAGAAAGUAAACAGAAAAAAAUACAAUUACAAAAUGGUGAAAACGAAAAAGUUUCAUCGAAAAAACAAACAAAAAUUGGACCAUUAAUAACACCAAAAAAUAGUAAUGGAAUAACGAAUGAUGAAAAUCAACAAACAUCACCGGGUAUUGUUGAUGAAAAUGGAGAUAUUGAUGAUGGUGAUCUUAAAACAGUUUUACAAAGACGAAGACAAAUGGUUGCUUUAUCAAAAGAAUUAAAAGAAAAACGUGAAAUUGAAGCACAAAAACUUUAUAUAAAACAAAAACGUCAAUUAGCUAUUCAAAAAGCUGAACAAAUUUAUCAAGAUGCACUUGUUAAUCUUCAAUAUGGCUUUCGAAUUAAACCAUUAGGAUAUGAUCGAAAUUAUAAUCGCUAUUGGUUCUUUCGAGGUUAUCCUGGUAUAUUCGUAGAAAAAGGUUGGAUUGGUUCCGAUGUAAAUUAUUCCGUUGAAUUAUCUUCUGAAGAUGUAUUAUCAACUACUAAUGAUGAAAAAAUUAUACCUAAAGAUGAAUUAAAUCAAUGGUUUAUCUAUGAUGAUGAAAUAAUAAUUCAACAAUUAAUACAAUCAUUAAACGAUCGUGGUAUUCGUGAACAUAAUUUAUUAAUAAAUUUAAAAAAAUCUAUGCCACUUAUACAUAAUGAAUUUGAACAAAUAAAAAAAUCGAAAAAUUCUCUUGAACAACAUGAUGAAAAUCUUGAAUUAUCAAAUGAUAUAAUAACAUCAUUUAAAAGUGAACUUGAAGAUAUUGAAACACGUUUACGUCUUGGUUCAUUAGGUGGUUUUAUUAUACCUGAAAAUCUUGUUGAAUGGCAAAAUAAAUUAAAACAAUCGAAUGAACGUAUUGAUCUUGGUGAAUUACUUAUACAAUUACAACAAACAGUUGCAGAUAAAUAUGCAUCUGGUAUAUUUAAUUUACCUGAUAAAAAAUCAUUUCAAAUCUGGUUAAAUGAUUGUCGAACAUGUAAAACAUAUUCACGUUUAUAUGUUUUAAUGAUGAUAUUUGAAAAUUCUAUCACAUGGAAUAAAUCAACCGUUGGAAUAAAAUGUAAAAUAUGUCGUAAAAAACAUAAAGAUGAAUAUAUUAUUGUUUGUGAUCAAUGUUGUUACGGUUUUCAUCAAGAAUGUUUACGUGAUUCAAAUGAUAAUAAUAUAAAAAAUUCAACAAAUGAUUUAUGGUAUUGUCCAGCAUGUCGACCAUCAACUAAACGACGUAUUAGACAAGAUAAAAAGAAAAUUGAUUAUCAAGAAAAUGAAAUCUAUGAUGAUGAUAUGGAUGUUGAAACAGAUUCAAAUACAACGAAUCAAGAAGAUUUAUCAGAAUCUGAUCAUAAUAUAGAAGAUGAUAUUUGUCAUAUAUGCGGAGGUGAAAAUGAUUUAAUACAAUGUACACAAUGUCAAUUACAUUAUCAUUGUCAAUGUCAUGAACCACCAUUAAGAUGUGCACCACGAUCUACAACAUGGAUAUGUAAUAAUUGUCGAAAUGAAAUUGCCAACGAAACAAAUAAAUCAAAAACAAAUAAACAAAUUAAAAAAUCGAAACAAAAAACUUCAAUAAAAACACAGAAACAAAAUAAUACGCGUAAAAAUUCGCGUAAAAAUUAUUGUGAAGCUGAUGAAGAAGAAGAAAGUGAAGCUGAAGAGAAAACAAAAGGACAACGACGUUCGAAACGAUUACGACGAUCAGAACCAUCUCCAGCAAAAAAGAAUGAAGAUAAUCAACGUACAAAUCGACGAUCUCGUACUAUAAAAUCCAUAUCAUCAUCAUCAUCAUCAUCUUCCGAUGAAGAUCAAAUAACAAAUAAUAAUGAUGAUGACGAAAGUAAUUUAGCACAAACUGAUGAUGAUGAAGAAGAGAAUGAAAACAACAACGAUGAUUCACCGUCCUCAAAUUAG